AUGGCGUUGUCAUUCAAGGCCAGAAAGAAAGGAACGGAGAGUCUCUGCAUUACAAGUACAAUGCCAGCUCGUAUUGGCUUCAAAGUACAAUGCACAGACAGCAAGCAUUUUAUAUUUCGGCCAGUAUUCGGUGUUAUUGAAGCGAAGAAAUCUUUUCGAAUAAGUGUCGUUCGAAAUGCUCAUCCGAAGAAACGUGAUAAAAUGAUUGUAUGCGCAGCGGUUGUAAGUCGUUUUUGUAGAAACAAUUGA